UCCUUGUUAACUCAAGAAAGAUAACAAUGGAGAUGAAUCGAUCUAAAUCAAAAACGGCUACGUUUCAUUCUACUUCUGCAACAAAGACUGAAAGAAAAGUCAUUGAGAAAAAUAGAAGAAAUCAAAUGAAAACCCUCUUCUCCAAUCUUAAUUCUCUCCUCCCUAAACAAAGCUCCAAGGAAGCAUUGCCACUGCCUGAUCAGGUAGAUGAAGCUAUAAACUAUAUAAAAAGUUUAGAGGAAAAGUUGAAGAAAUCCAAGGAAAAGAAAGAAAGCUUAUCAGGCAGAAAAAGAUCGUUUUCUAAUUUCGUCAGUUCUUUUGAAUCUGCAUCAAACUUAGUAGCACCUAAAUUAGAAAUCCGAGAAAUGGGUUCUUCUCUGCAGAUAAUUCUGAUAAGUGGGCUUGAUAAUCAGUUCAUUUUCUAUGAUAUUAUUCACAUUCUUGAAGAUGAAGGUGUAGAAAUCCCCAAUGCUAGUUUCUCAGUUUCUGGCAAUUCAAUCUUCCAUGUAGUGCAUGCACAGAUGAAGGAAUCUGAUUUCAGCUAUGGAGCUGCAAAAGUAACUGAAAGAUUGAACAGGUAUAUCAAUGGAUCAACGAGUGAAUUAGAAUUAGGACCAGAGCUAUGGGACUUUAAUGAUCUUAAUCCUGAGACAUGGGUGUUCUAG